GGAACGUUUGGAAGAGAUUGACCUGCUCAUUUCAAUUCUGAAUCUUGUCGAGUUAACACAUAAAAAUAAUCUACUCGUGUCAUCUUCAUUCUACAUCAAGUUUACUGACAGAUCGGACACAAUGAGAAUCGUAGAGAACAAGGAACUACCUACCUUUGCAGCAGGUAUCAGAAAUGGUGAAGGAGGUCUUUCUAAAAGGAAUGACUCUGAGGAGCAUACUCUUGUGAAACCUACGGUUCUGAAACCGGCAGUGGUGCCUGAAAUUUCUUUAAGCAUGUUUGCCAGUCCCGAAGCGCAGAAGGCCCUCAGCUUCGUCAACGGCGAAGAAAGUGAAGAACAAAUCAAUCAUGAAAGUGACAACAGCAAAAUUAGCGAAUCCGAUGAUGGGAGAGACACUGACAAUUUAGAAGAAGGUGAGAAGGGAAUAAAGAGCAGGUACAAAUGGACGGUGGUUGCACGAACUGUUGCUGCUUGCCCUCCAGCACGCGCAAGAAUGGGAAGAAGAGCGAGUCUAGCUCCAGAUAAUAGAUGUUUAAGUCCUGCACCACCAAAGUUUGACCGAUCACGAAGAAUGUCUCUGUCUCCAAGCCGCUAUCCACUACUUCCAAGUAGACCCAUCUCCCCUGCUCCUCCGGCAAACAGUGAAAAGACGUCUUUAAAAUCCAAUUUAGAAGUGACAAACACAUCAUCAUCCCAGGAACUCGAAACUGAAUCACAGAACUCAUCAUCUAGGCCUAAAAUUGAUGUUACAGGUGGAAACCCUGCAAUCGCUCGUGCCCUAUCAAGACGUCGCUUCUCUUUGCCAAUAACACCUAGUUCUCAACUUACCGUUCCUCAUCCCCCAUCGCCAUCUCCACAGAGGAGCUCUCCAGUUAAGUCUACUGAUUCAUCUUCACCAAGUAAAGUAAACAAGAGAACAUCAGUGACCAGCACUCUACAAGCCAAUCGACACAAGCUCGAAGUUUUGAUGAGGGAGAGAUCGAAAGCCAUCGCCAACUUGAAGAUCGGUGGAAGCAGAGAUAGUUCUCCGUCACCAUCAUCAGUGAAGUCGAGGCAAAACAGUCCGAGGAUGUCGCCCGCACCUAUCAGAGCCAAUCAUAGUCUAGCUCGACCAUCGUUAUCCAGGAGAUCUUCGAUUACCUCUGAAACUGGAUCAGAUGCUUCGCAACCAGACACAAUCGAGACAAUAAGUUUGUUAGACGGUGGUGAUGCAGCCCGCUUGGAUGCAAUGUUAGGAGAUGUUAUCGACAUGGGAUCGUCGCCACCUUCUGACGUCAUGUCAAGGAAGAGUGAAUCACUUUCUUCUCCAAGACAUCUGUCAGCAUCUCCUUUGGUUUGUGGACGUCCUGUCUUUCAGCGGCGCGGUUCGUGCUCAGUGGAUUUGGGAAUUUCACUAAGUGAUACAGCCUCCGUAACAUCCGAGCAGGAGUCAACGUCAUCGACCACCAACCACACCGACGAUGAGACACGGAGAAUGUCAAGAUUGCGGAAUCGAAGGGGCACUAUUUGCAUGGGGUCGUUAGCUGCUUUUGCGGCCUCGGCAUCGGGAGAGAGCAAUAUACGGGCAUCAUCAUCCAGUCCACGCCCCUUCUACAACAGAAACUUGAACCAGCGUUCAAAUGGUGACAUUGAAGAGGAAGUAGAAGAAGAACUCCAGGAAAGAAUCAUGCAAAGGAAGAGUCAGCUUUUGAUACAAGCAGCACCAGGAAGCAUUAAUAUGACAUCUGCUGUUUCGAGUCUUGAAGCCCGGGCAAACGCAAAGACAACCAACGGCAGAUUGAAGAAAAUCAUGGGCAAUCUUACGAAGGAAAGAACAACAUCCGAACUGCUAACCAUGAAGGCCGCGAUGAAUGCUGGAUCAAAGAGAAGGGACCUUGGUGGUAUUCAAAAGUCCAAAUCAUUGGACUGUGACUGAACUCAUUGAAGAAUAAAAUCAUAUGCAUUUUAUAUUUAAACAUUGGUAGCUAGAUCAACGUGGACUAACUCAAUCUACAUUUUCAUUCCUUAGACUGAUUUUAUUCGACGAUGAAUUGCAUUUUUGUCAGUAAUUUGAUCAACCGUGAUAUUAUGGACAGAUAACCCCACAUGAUGUCUCAAUGGAAGAGCAGUUGUCUCGUAACCGGGAGGCCCGGGUUCGAAACCAAUUCGAUGCGCUAGUGCCUUUUGGUAAUAAGGCAUUAAACCUCAUUAACAAGUUCUUCGGAGAGGACGUAAAGUCGUUGGUCCACUGGUUGCUUAUUUACAAUCAAACACAAUGUAAUGCUUUCUUAGCAGAAACGUGAAACAAACAAUUGAUAUCAUUGAUCUAUCUGACGAACAGAUUUGUGAACAUUGAAUUGUUCUUAUAAAAUUUAAUCAUAAACUUGUACAAUUUUGCUCUCGUCAUUAGAAAUUUUAGGUUAUGAUAAAAAAAAAUGAAGUGUGUAAAACAGAGGGAAAAGUAAGGUUAUAAAUAUUGUACGCAGUAAACUGAUAUCAUACUAAAAGCAAUUACUAUAUUGUUUCAGUGCAAACAUUAAUUUAUUCGCAAAGGUAAAAGUAGAGUCAAUAUAUACCUUGAUGUUCACAAGACAUUAUUCACCUCCUCUGACAAACUUUUGCGAUAUUCACUUCUAUUUAGAACAUGGUUGGUGGUUUUUGGUAUCAUAAAUAAGUAUGAUGAUAAUGACUCUCGAAAACCAAU